UCCAACCCGCCCCUCUGAGCAGGCGGUGCCUGCGCAUGCGCGCAUGUGAGGAGCCCGUCCUGCUACACAUAGGGAUGAGACGGUUGUGCCUCUCUACUACUGAAAGGAUAAACUCCGCACUGUGCCUGUGUCUGAUAGCAACGUGAGCGUUUAAUCCAGAUCUGCGACUUAAGAAGAGAGCUCGGUACGUUGCCUUGUGCUUUCCUGUCACCUCUGUGCUGCUGAGGCCAACGUCAGUUGGCCCUUGUCUCUGCUUGCCUCGUCUGGAAUCCGCCAUGGCCGAAGACUCUCAAAGAAACUUCCGCUCCGUCUAUUAUGAAAAAGUGGGGUUUCGUGGAGUUGAAGAAAAGAAGUCACUGGAAAUUUUGUUAAAAGAUGACCGAUUGGAUAUUGAGAAGCUUUGCACCUUCAGUCAGAGGUUCCCUCUCCCAUCCAUGUAUCGUAUACUGGUGUGGAAGGUUCUUUUAGGAAUUAUUCCUCCUCACCAUAAAUCUCAUGCUCUGGUGAUGAACUACCGGAAGGAGCAGUACUGGGAUAUCCACCAUGCUCUUCAUGUAAUUCGUUUUAUCAAUGACUCUACCCCACAGGUAGAUGUUUUCCUCCGCAUACAUCAACUGGAAUCAGGCAAAUUGCCUCGAAACUUGGCUUAUCCUUUGGAACCAGAAGAUGAAGUGUUUCUUGCAAUUGCUAAGGCAAUGGAGGAAAUGGUGGAGGAUCCUAUAGAAUGCUAUUGGCUUGUCAGUUGCUUUGUGAAUCAGCUUAACAGCAAGCACAAAGAUUCAUUACAACAACUACCAAAAAUUCUGGAGCAGUAUUUAAACAUUGAAGACAGUAGGCUUCUGAUGCAUCUGAAGGCAUGUGCUGCGAUGAGCAAGCUCCCUUAUGAUCUCUGGUUUAAGAAGUGUUUUGCAGGCUGUUUACCUGAGUCCAGUUUACAGAGGGUUUGGGACAAAGUUAUUAGUGGAUCCUGCAAAAUUCUCGUGUUUGUUGCUUUGGAGAUAUUGUUAACCUUUAAAAUGAAGAUAAUCGCGCUGACCACUGCAGAAAAGAUCACCCAGUUUUUGGAAAAUAUUCCUCAAGAUAACACUGAUGCUAUUGUCAGCAAAGCUGUAGAUCUGUGGCGCACACACUGUGGGACUCCAGCACACUCUGUCUGACAACUUUCCCCACUUACAACAGCUUGGAAAAAAAAAGCAUUUAAAAAGUUUCCUCUUGCUGUUCUUCCCUCUUUGUGGUGUAAUGUUCUUCCUUUCCUCUCCAAUUCGAAGAUGCUAUUAAAGCAUUUCACGGCAUAGCGCUCAAUGUUUUUCAAUAAAUAUGAAUGGAGUGAAAAUA